AGUGGAACUCAUCCUUACUAGCUAGUUACUUCACUAGUGAGUGCUGAAAAAUCUUUUUCCAACAUAUAUAGUUGAAAGGAUGGCUGCCAAACUUGGUCUUUGGUUUCUUCCUUUUCUCCUCUUCUUCUUAAUGAAUGGGGUCAACAUUGGUUGCAGAGAUCUAAAAGCAGAGUUGCAAGGUCAUACAGAAAUGAAUUCACACCAUGGAAAUCACAAUAAACCUAACUACCUUAUAGGGUACAAAACCAAUACCCAUGGUUCUGACAAUGAUUUUUCCUCUUCUUCAACUAAUGUAGACCACACUGAGGCAUUCAAGGUAGGAUAUUUCGCCAUGGAUGAUCUCUUUGUAGGGAACAUUAUGACUCUCCAAUUUCCUGUCGAAGAGGUUCCUCACUUCCUAUCAAAGAAACAAGCUGACUCCAUUCCUUUCUCAACCUCACAACUUCCAAGUCUUCUUCAACUCUUCUCAAUCUCUCAAGAUUCUCCACAAGCCAAGUUCAUGAGAGACACACUUGAACUAUGUGAAGCAGGAAUGCUCACACAAGAGACUAGGAUUUGUGCUAACUCUUUAGACUCCAUGCUAGAAUUUGUGAACAACAUCCUUGGAUCAGAGGAAAAGCACAACAUUUACACAACUACUCCACCUUCAGGGGCUCCUCUGCAGAAUUACACCAUUUUGAAAGUAUCAGAAGAUAUCUAUGCUCCUAAAUGGGUGGCUUGCCAUCCUCUUCCUUACCCUUAUGCUGUUUACUAUUGCCACUUCAUAGCUACAAACACCAGGAUAUUCAAGGUCUUGUUAGUUGGUGAGAAUGGAGACAAAGUUGAAGCUCUUGGCGUCUGCCAUUUAGACACAUCAGAAUUUAACCCAAAUCACGUUAUAUUUAAGCAGCUUGGGUUCAUGCCUGGGGAGGCUCCACUCUGUCACUUCUUCCCUCUGAAGAAUCUUAUGUGGGUUCCCCAACCCACAGCCACCACCAUGUGAGAAGGACAAAGUUCUGUGUUGCUUAAGAAGUAAGUAUGUAUGCAAUAUGCAAUAAAGGGUCAAGAUAGAAGACUUCUGUAGCCAACUCAUGAUCAUGUUUCUGUUGUAGAUCAGACUUCAUCUUUGUUUGAAUGCCUUGUGUUUUAUGUAUAAAUUUCAAGAUUAUGAAGCUGGCUAGGUGGCUGGUGUUUAACUUA